AUUUGCGACUUGAAGUCAACAAAAUUGAACUCCUCUCUUCGGUCUCGUGAACCAAAAACUUUCCAGAUGCCGGCGAAAUUCUCUCCGCCUUCGAUAAUAGCCCUAGCGUUCUUCAUCCUCUUCGCCGGAAAAUCCCUCUCCGGAGAAUUACGGCCCUCCGAUCAUGGCCUACAGUACCAGCUCAGCUCUCCGCCGACUCCAGCUGGAGCCAAAUCUCCGCCGGAGAUGCUCUCUUUCUUCGGGCAAUCUCCGUCUCCUCCGCCGUCGGAUUCUCGGCUCCUCCCCAAGGCGGCGAAGGACGACGACGACGACUCGUGGUGGCGAGAGGGAGCUGGAAACCGCCGUGAUCGGGUGAUGAGGCACGUGUUCCUGGCGGCGAGCAUCCUCUGCGGUGUUUCCGCCGCCGCGCUUCUGGUGGCUCUCACCGUUAUUUACUACUUCAGAGAGACAGCUUCUCCGACAAAUGAGAAGAAGCCUAAACAUAGAAUCUCUACCAACUUGCCCGAGGGGGGAUUCCUCUUUCUCACAUCGUCUCUAAUUUUCAGGGACAGUUUCCAUAUUUGCAUUCUCAUUCUCAUCUCCAAAAUGGCUAUGAAGAUGAAAGGCAUCUACAAAGGCUUCAAAUGCAUCUCCCAAAUGUUUGCGGUUGUAAAAGAUAGAGAGAUGGAGAUUGGUUACCCUACUGAUGUAAAACACGUAGCACAUAUUGGAUGGGAGGGCUCCUCUGGCAGCGCUCCUGGUUGGAUGAGUGAGUUUAAAGCUGGGCCUGAAUUGUUGUCACCAAGGGCAUCCUCCUUUGGUAAUACAAGAAAUUCCAGUUCCUUCUUCUCCACUUGCUCCUCUACCGAUUUUGAUCAAGCAUCGUCACCGACAACGUUGGAGACACCGAGGGAAACGGGGCCCGUAGUUCUUCCAAACAUCCAGAACGCGAAGAGAAAAAACAAGAAGAAGAUCAAAUCUUCGUCUACGUAUACGACAACAGGGAGUUUGAAUUAGACGAAUUUAUGCGUGGUUUUUGAAAAAAAAUGGAAUAUACACACAAGCCAUUGCCAUUAUCAUCAUUUCUUCAUUUUUAUUUUUUUUUGUGAGACAAUUUGUAGAGAUUGGAAUUUGAGAUUGUUUCAUGUCCUUUUAGGAAGACUUGUAUAGAAAAAAGAACGAAUAUAUUCUGUGUGGAGUU